GCUCUCCAUUCUGACUUCCGUGAGCACACAUCACAACGUGCUUGCCCUGAACAUCAUGUCUCUUCGACUUUCCAGUGGAUCCAGGAGAUCCAGUCCCCAGUCCACCACGGGGUCGCUCAGACUCUCCAGUGGCGGAUCCAGAUUUGGGGCUGGGAAUGCAUGUGGCCUACCUGGAAUUGGAAGUGGCUUCUCUUGUGCCUUUGGUGGUAGCUCAUCUGGGGGCAGUGUAGGAGGAAGCAGUUCCUGCACUGGGUUUACUCUGAACGAAGGGGGUCUUUUGUCUGGCAAUGAGAAGGUGACCAUGCAGAACCUCAAUGACCGCCUGGCAUCCUACCUGGACAACGUGCGUGCUCUGGAGGAGGCCAAUGCUGAGCUGGAGCAGAAGAUCAAGGCGUGGUAUGAGAAGUUUGGGCCUGGUUCCUGCCGUGGUCUGGACCAUGACUAUAGUCGAUACUUCCCAAUAAUUGAAGAUCUUAAAAAUCAGAUUAUCACUUCCACCACCAGCAAUGCUAAUGCUGUUAUCCAGAUCGACAAUGCCAGGCUGACGGCUGAUGACUUCAGACUUAAGUAUGAGAACGAGCUGGCUCUGCACCAGAGUGUAGAGGCCGACGUCAAUGGGCUGCGCAGAGUUCUGGACGAGAUCACCCUGUGCAGAACGGACCUGGAGAUUCAGUAUGAAACCCUGAGUGAAGAGAUGACUUACCUCAAAAAGAACCACAAAGAGGAAAUGAAGACGCUGCAGUGCGCGGCUGGGGGCAACGUGAACGUGGAGAUGAACGCAGCCCCAGGGGUGGACCUCACUGUCCUCCUGAACAACAUGCGAGCUGAGUAUGAAGACCUUGCAGAGCAGAACCGCAGGGACGCCGAGGCCUGGUUCAACGAGAAGAGCGCUUCGCUGCAGCAGCAAAUCUCUGAGGAUGCCGGGGCCACAACCUCGGCCAGGAACGAGCUCACGGAAAUGAAACGCACUCUUCAAACCCUGGAAAUUGAACUUCAGUCUCUCUUAGCCACGAAACACUCCCUGGAGUGCUCCCUGACCGAGACCGAAGGCAACUACUGCACACAGCUCGCACAGAUCCAGGCUCAGAUCGGGGCCCUGGAGGAGCAGCUGCACCAGGUCAGAACCGAGACCGAGGGCCAGAAACUCGAGUACGAGCAGCUGCUCGACAUCAAGGUUCACCUGGAGAAGGAGAUCGAGACCUACUGCCUCCUCAUAGGUGGAGAUGAUGGGGCUUGCAAGUCUGGAAGUUACAAGUCUAAAGAGUAUGGAUCUGGAAGUGUGGGGAAUCAGAUGAAAGAGCCAGCCAAAGCCAUCGUGGUUAAAAAAGUCCUUGAGGAGGUCGCAAGAAGCAAAAUACUUACCAGCAGGCUCCACUCCCUAGAAGAGAAAUCCCAGAGCAAUUAG